AUGAUACACCACACAACAAUCAAAGCUUGUGAGAUUAGAGCCAUCUCUUGUAUAGAGGUGACGUCACCUCGACUCAAACGAGCUGAUCCAGAGUCUGCUCCUCUGCCUGUGAGCCCGCCUCCCCCCGCCCUCACCCGCCUCCCCCCGCCCUCACCCGCCUCCCCCUGCCCUCAGCCGCCCUCACCCGCCCUCAGCCGCCUCCCCCCCGCCCUCACCCGCCUCCCCCCGCCCUCCCCCCGCCUCCCCCCCCCCCCCUCACCCGCCUCCCCCCCGCCCUCACCCGCCUCCCCCCGCCCUCACCCGCCUCCCCCCGCCCUCACCCGCCUCCCCCCCGCCCUCACCCGCCUCCCCCCGCCCUCAGCCGCCUCCCCCCGCCCGCACCCGCCUCCCCCCGCCCGCACCCGCCUCCCCCCCCCCUCCCCCCGCCUCCCCCCCGCCCUCACCCGCCUCCCCCCGCCCUCAGCCGCCUCCCCCCGCCCUCACCCGCCUCCCCCCCGCCCUCAGCCGCCCUCACCCGCCUCCCCCCGCCCUCACCCGCCUCCCCCCCGCCCUCACCCGCCUCCCCCCCGCCCUCACCCGCCUCCCCCCGCCCUCACCCGCCUCCCCCCCGCCCUCAGCCGCCUCCCCCCCGCCCUCAGCCGCCUCCCCCCCGCCCUCAGCCGCCUCCCCCCGCCCUCACCCGCCUCCCCCCCGCCCUCACCCGCCUCCCCCCGCCCUCACCCGCCUCCCCCCGCCCUCACCCGCCCCCCCCCCGCCCUCACCCGCCUCCCCCCCCGCCCUCACCCGCCUCCCCCCGCCCUCACCCGCCUCCCCCCCGCCCUCACCCGCCAGAAUCAAUGA